CAAAACAUCCAGUUCUCUCGGCCGUAACUGAUCAAAAGUCAAUUUUCUGCGAAUAGCAAGUGCAAUACAACUUUCAUUGUCGUUUCUUCGUGGAGGCUGUGAGAAUAUCAGACGGGACAAUGUCGAAUGAAGACUUUCCGGCGGGACAUUGUCGCCCUCUUGGCGAUGCCCUCAAGGCAGGGAUCUCCAAGUUAGGUGUAUUGAGUUGAGAAGUUAUAUAGGGAGAUCGAUCACAUAGUUGUGAUGCUUUCACAUCAUCAAACAAACACCUUUCCAUUAUUCAUUGAUCUGUUUUCUCGAAAUCAAUCCCAUCUCAAGAAUUUUCACGAGUCUUUUGCGUUAAUACAAGUCUUCAAUUAUCCCCACACGUUCAUCCCCCAAAAUGUCCUCUCCAACCACCAAAACCGUCGCCAUCUUCGGCGCGACAGGCGGAACUGGUCUUGCAGCCCUCAAACUGGCCCUCAAAGCCGGCCACACUGUCCGGGUGCUAGCCCGAACACCAUCCAAACUCUCCUCGCUUUCCACUGAAUAUCCUAACCUCUACAUCGUCCAAGGCGACAUCCGAGAGACCUCCGCCAUAAAAGCGACUCUCACAAUCAACGAUCGCAUCGCAGAUAUAAUCAUUUCUGCUGUCGGCAUGGUAAUCGAGAUGCAGGGCCUCAAAUGGGGUAGCAAGGAUCCACACAUUUGCGAAGAAGGAACAAAAUGCAUCCUUUCCUCUCUCGCUUCGCUGGAGAAUGAAGACAAAGUCCCGGGACCAGAAGGAGGACCGAGGAUUGUGUUGUUGAGCACUACGGGUAUCAGUGAUCGAGGAAGGGAUAUCCCGAUUGGUAUGAUUCCGCUUUAUCAUUGGAUGUUGUCGACUCCGCACAAUGAUAAGAAGAAGAUGGAAGAGUGUAUGAUUUCUGGGGAGGGGAAGGGGAGGAGCUGGGUUAUGGUCCGACCUAGCUUUUUGACUGAUGGGAAGAGUAAGGGGUUGGAGAAGGUGAGGGUUAGUACUGAGGUGACUGAAGAGGGAGGAAAAGAAGAUGAGCCGGCUAUUGGGUAUUUCAUUUCGAGAGAGGAUGUGGCGUUGUGGAUUGUGGAGGAGUGUGUUAAUAAGGAUGGGAAGAAAUGGGAAGGGAAAACUGUUACUUUGACGCACUGAUUUGUUCUUAUGUCAUUAUAGGUUCCUGUUUAGCUCUACAUAUUGUGUUCUUUUGUUUUAAGUUAAUAAUUCAUGUCAACCAUUGGUGUUUUCGAC